GCGUCGGCGUCAGCGUCUGUUCGUGCGGUCAACUCUUAUUCGUUUAGUUGACGCAAGUAGCUGCGUCUGACGCCGCGUCUAAACGCCGCGUUCGUGCGUCGAUCGCCGAAAAAACCUGCGCCGGCGUAAAAAAUUCAGCGUCUGAGAUAUGUUUUUACACUUUUACCCUUAUUAUAUUUGAUUAUUUACAAAAAACCUAACCCUAAAUCUCUAUUGACGCUGUUUGACGCUCCAUUUUGACGCAGCUCUCUCCAUCUCUCUCUGUCGUCUCAGCCUCUCCAUUGCAGCUCUUCUCACAGUCUCGCCAUAGCUCUCAGCCUCUCUGUCGUCUCAGCCUCUCCAUUGCAGCUCUUCUCACAGUCUCGCCAUAGCUCUCUUUUCUCAGCCUCUCUCCAUCUCUCUCCGUCGAUCUCUCUUGUCUCAGCUUCUCCAUCGCUCUCCGUAGAUCUAUCUCGUCUCAGCCUCUCUCUCGACGUUCCUCUCAAGUUCAGACCCCUCAGGCUCUCACUCUCUCUACGACGCCCAGACCCUCUCAAGCUCUCGACGACCAUCUUACGCACUCUCUCAAGGUCAUCACUCUCAAGGUCAUCACCUCUCUUUGAGCUUCGACCAAACCCAUAUCGAGAUUUCUCUUCUCCUCCACAGACGACGCCUCUCGAGCUCCCUCGUCUCCUCCACAGAUGACGCCGUACAGAGAGACAGCUUGUGCACUUUGGUUAGAGAGACAGCUAACUGAGCAAUACGGAUUGAAAGAGUCUCACAAUGUCUACCUUGAGGAAUCUGUUGCAAUGUUUCUUGAGGUUGUUGAUCAAGAUAAGACUAAGCGGGUUAUUGCUUCAAAGUAUCAAAGAUCAUUGGAUACGGUACAAAGGAAGCUUGAUGAUGUCUUGAGUGCUCUUCUCAAGUUUGCAGCAGAUACACUAAGACCACAAGAAGGCGAGUUUGAAAGAGUAAAUCCUGUUGUGAGGAAUGAUCGUCAGUAUUGGCCUCAUUUCAAAGAUUGUGUCGGAGCACUUGAUGGAACACAUGUCCCGGUUUGUCCUCCAAGUCAGAAUGCAGAAGCCUAUAAUGGUAGAAAAGGAGUUACAAUGAAUGUUCUUGCUAUAUGUAACUUCGAUAUGAAGUUCAUAUAUGCAUAUGUCGGAGUACCUGGUAGAGCACAUGAUUCAAAGGUCUUGACUCAUUGUGCGAAGAAUGUAGCAAAUUUCUUUUGACAUCUCAGAGACUUUAUUGAUA